AUGCGAAAGGGAAUUUACUGCGCGCUCCUGGCCUCUAGCCUCUCCGCCGUCCUUGCCCACGGAGACCCGCAGGUCGUUACCGUCUAUGAUAUGGACCCCACCCCCACCGGCACCGCCGAGACCUACCUCGCCUCCGGGACAUUCCUCGGCGUAUCCCCCAUCGCCGUCGACCAGGAAGGCGCAACCGUCUACGUCGCUACACGUGUCAACUCCCUCGUCUACGUCGAGAAGGCCGACCAGACGUCGACGCUGUUGGCCACCCCGACCACCACUGAAUACACGUUCCGCGCGGACGCUUCGCGGUACUACCACGCCUUCCCCACCACACGCGGCACCGUUUCCGCGGAGGAUAUCACAGAGUGCUUCUACGAGGACGACGGAAGCAUCAAAUGCUCGCACAAAGUCGUCGUCGAUAACAACGGCCAGCCUUCCACCGCCGUUUCCCAUCAUACGACUGGCACCCAGCGACCCAUUGCCACGAUCAGCGACGUUGAGAACUUGGCGCUGCCUACUGAGGGCGCGGAUGAGGAUGACGGAGAGGAGAGCGGUGCUGUCAGGGGAAGGGCUGGUGUUGUCGGGUUGGUGAUUGCUGGUUUGGCCGGAUUGCUUUUGUAA